UCACGAUUUCUUCUUCUUCGUCGUCGUCUCUCCCAAUCGUCCAAUUAAGCUCCGAUUCACUUUCUCCGGCGAACGGUUUUCUUUGAAUCGUAUCACGAUGGUGUUAUCGACGAGCGACACUAGCACCUCUUACAACUAUGUCAUCGAUGACGUUAUCAACAAGUCUCGAUGCGAGCUCGUCUACAAUGGAGAACUUGAAGAGAGUGUUCUUAGCCAGAUUCAAUCGAAGUGGAAAACGAAGAUGAUACAAGCCGGAGUCAUAACCGGAACAAUCGAACCAUCUACUGCUUCGAUUCCCGCACCUCCGAUAUUGCAGACGACUCUUCAGACUCCGCCGAAUGCAGUUCCUUUACCUGAGAAGAUGUCCAUAAAGAAAGAGUGUGAUGAAUUUUAUAUUCCUCAGCAAGAUGGAGCUAGAGAUGAAGCUAUGGUCACUUAUGCUCCUAAUGAUGAGAAUGAAGAGCUUUUGAACGAGGACGAUGAUGAUGAGGAAGAUGAUAUGGAUGAUGAUGAUAUUAACAUUCCACAUUUGGUCAUGUGUCAAUUUGAUAAGGUGAAGCGUUGCAAGAACAAGUGGGAGUGCAAAUUCAAUGCGGGUGUUAUGCAAAUAAACGGCAAAAAUGUUCUUUUCUCACAGGCCACAGGAGAUUUCAACUUCUAGAAGAUGCUACUAGAUUUACUCACUUCUGAUUAUGCAGAAGAUAUUUUGGAUUUGUUUCAUUAAUAAUACCUCUUUCCAAGGGAUUUAUUAAAUGGAAUUUGCGAAA